GUGAUGAUAAUGCUGUAUAUGUAACUGAUGAUGAGGAUGAUGAAUUGUAAUUGACAUAGUGUUUUAAAUAAAAUAAAAAUUACAACCCUUCUUCUUUAAUAUGUUCGCAAUAUGUUAGUUUAUUUUAAAUAAACAAUAUGUGUUGUAUAUGUAGUAUGUCUACACCAGGUGGCAGCAGUUCGAAAAAGAAAGGCGUCAGAGGUAAAUACAAGGGCAAGAAUGUUGAGGAGGAGCUCUCCAAAACACAAUCUGCCAAGUUACCGAUUGAGGUGCACGCAGAGACUGGCACCCCCGUAGGCAAGAACGGAAAAAAAUUCAACAAUAUGGCCAAAUGGAUGACUCGGAUGUCUAUCCCCAUUAAUAAAUUCAAAUGGGAAGAUGUCAGUAGAGCUGACAUCAACGCACUGUGGGAUAGACUUGAGACCAAGUUUAUCCUCCCACGAGAUAACCCUACAUUCGUAGACUACGGUGAGUACGAGAUGUCAAAGGGUUUACGUGACUGGAGGGCAGACUGCAAGAAGAAGUGGAUACAAAACAUUGAGGAGCUUGGACAGGAGAGGGCCGACAUGUCACCUCCUGAGGGAGUAACUCAAGAGGUGUGGAGUGACUGCAUCGCUUAUUGGAGCACAGACAAACAAAAGGCGAGAGCAGCGAAAAAUAAAGAAAGUCGGGGUAAGAUGAAAUUUUUAGGAGGCUGGGGCUCCAAGCCCAUUGUUUCACAUGUUGUCGAAGGGGUAAGUUUAUAUUUAACUAUCAUUCAUUUAACUUUUUCUAUUAAAAUAACAGAGCAAAUGGUUGAAAUAGCGGCAACUCAACCGGCCGCCCACUGCAGAUGA